AUGGCCGGUCCCUUAAAUGCUCAAGUUGCCUCAUCGCCGGUGAGCGAAUUGCGCGAUGCUUCCGGGGACAGCAACCCGCCGGAUAGCAACCGCAAGAUUACAGCCUGUGUCGCGUGCCGGAAGCAGAAGAUCAAAUGUCACAUGCCUGGCUCUCGCCCCCCAUGUAGCAGAUGCAACAAGCGAGGUCUCUCUUGCACGGUCAAUCGCAGCCUGCAAAUGUUGUUGGAGAGUGACACAGUGUGGAAGGACUCGGUGGAAAAGAAGAUCCAGGGGCUGCAGGAUGCAAUUGACAAGCUCACGUCCCAAGCUUUUCCUCAGGAAAAAGAGCAACAUCCAGACUGUCAAGGUUCUCCGGAGCUACAGAUGAACAGAGACUGCCGUACUCGGCCUGCGCAGUUGUCAUCGGAUAUUCUAGCGCAGAAUCCCACUCACUGGAAUGUUGUCCUGGAUCCACAAGCCGACCCUGGAACGGUCCCAGGUUCCUACAUUGCGCAGAUCAACACCACUGACGAGGAGCCGCGUGCCCAUCAUCGAGGAGACUUGGUCUCGAAAGGUAUUAUAGCUCUCGACAGGGCGAAACUGUAUUUUGAGAACUAUCAGCAAAGACUGGACCACUUUGUUUAUCGUGUCCUAGGCGACCACUGUCUUGUGACUUUCGAGGGCACGCGAGGAGCAUCCCCUAUGUUGCUCGCUGCUACUUGCACAGUAGGUGCUCUGCACUCCUCGAGCCGAAUUCAGGACUUCAACGCUUGUCGAGCCGAGUUCGUCUCCCUCUGCGAGAGACAAAGCAUGGUUUCCACCAGCAACAUUGAAGAUGUUCAAGCUCUCUGCAUCGGAGCCUUCUGGCUUACCGAUGUAUCCUGGUCACUCGUCGCCGCAGCAGUACGUGCUGCCACGGAUCUCCAACUUCACAAGAGCUUUUUCAAGGCAAUACGAGGUGAUCAACAGCAUUACCUGAGGGCCCGUCUAUAUUACCAUGUGUAUGCCUGUGAUCACCAUGCAUCAAUUGCCUUCGGAAAGCCGCCGUUGACGAGAGACUGCGAAGCUGUCCGCCGAGCAAGGGAUUUCCUGGGCUGCAAGCAGGCCACAGAGGAUGAUGCGCGACUUGUGAGUCAGGUUUGCCGCUGGAGCUUGCUUUCUAGUGUUUUCAAUACGUUCGGUGUUGAUGUCGACCGGCCACUCAUAAACACCGAGAUAGCCGAGCUUAGGAAGUUCGGCAUUGCCUUGGACAGCCUCCGAGCGGAAUGGGUUGAUAGAUUCGCGCACAAUGCACACGUGGGCAACUAUCCCAGCAAGGGAGUCAGCCUGCAGUAUUACUUUGCCAGACUUUAUCUCUGCUCUCACGCUUUCCGUGGAGCAGGGUCGGGGAGUGCACGGUCGAACCCGGACCACCUGGAUAUCGAGCGAGACGAAAUAGCCAACAUGGCAGUGCUGUCAGCGAUAUCAAUUCUUCGUUGUGUCGUGUCGGAUUCGGAAAUUGCAUCGUUUCUGAACGGGCUACCGACAUAUUUCGAUGUCAUGAUUACCUUUGCGGUCGUAUUUCUACUCAAAGUGUCCGCCAAACCAUCUAGCCACAUCCCGCUCGACAGCCAUGGUCUUAGGGAUUUGAUCCACAAGACUGUCACGACAUUGAUACGCGUCACAUCCACCAUGAACCCGCGUCAUGUACUUGUCAGCAUCUCAAAAGGCCUUAGUAACUUGUGGCAACAAUCUUAUGCCGGCGGAGAAGAUGCCUCCACCAACAUCACCUCUUCCGCGGAGAGGGAACACCCAACGGAGCCAUGGAAUGGCGAUGUUGCGUUUGAUCCCUACUUCCUGAGCGCAUUCGAUUUCCAGGCAAUCUACACAAUGGAUGCUGGUCUGGAUUUGUCAAUGGAUAAUAUUGAAGGGCUCUGA